AUGGAAGAAUAAUCAGGAUAAAGUUUAUCUUAUUAAUAAGAAGAUUAGGAAGAAGUAAAAUUGUAGUAAGAGGAAGAAGUGGAAGAUGAUUAGGAUUACGAUUCAGAAACAGAAAGUUAUGACAAAGCUGAUGGAGAUAAUUAAGAAGAGUGGUAGAGUGCUAUUAGAAAUGCAGAAUAAUAAUAUAUUGAUAAUGCAAAAGAAUAUCUUGAAUGGGCUAAAGCUCAAAAAAAAGUAAAAGUUAUGGAAGAAUAAAUGCCAUGGGAUACUAAGGUGUAAAUAAAUGAUAUUUCGCUUCAUAGAGGAGGACCAUUAGAGGAUAAAAAAUAUGCCUAUUUUCCUAAAUAUAGAAUUAAUAUAAAGAGAGGAAAUAGUGUGUGUGUUGUUCAUAGCGAGGAAAGCGAAGAAAAAAUAGAACCAUUUUUUUGUAGAAGAGGAAUGAGAAAAUUUUAUGACUUAAUACCUGAAUACUUAAAUGAGGGAAAGAAAUUAAGUGGUUAUCAUCAGAAGGUUAAGUUUUUGACCUUGAAUGAAGCAAAAGAAAAGCUAGAUAGUGGAUAAUUCUAAGUGCAUUUAUACAAUCUAUUUAAAGAAAACGGAGAGCAUUGUUAGAUUUCGUACUUAUAAAUGUUUGAUAUGUGGCUUAUUGCUUCUAAAAAUGUUACUAUAUUAGUUAAAUAAAGAGAAGAUGCAGAAAAAUACUAUCAUAAACUAAGAUAUUAUUGGGCUAAGUUAAUCAGUGAUGAAUGGUUUAAUAUACUUGAUAGAAUGGAUUUAUAGCAAAUAUAACAAUUAAAAGAGUAAAUGCAAAAUUUCACUUUUAUUGGAGAGCACUGUGGAAAUUAAAAGCAUCAGCAUAUUUUUAAGUAUGAUAAAGUGCAAAUAAUAUUUUAUUCUAUUGUACAAAACAAUUCACCAAACGUUUGUUUACCUGUAGAUUAAGCAUUUGAAAUUUUUAAACAAUAUAAUUUAAAUAUGGUGAGAAUAAGAGAGGUUAAGGGUAUCUUAUCUUAUGAAGAAUUAAAAAUUAAAUUGUAAAAAGAAUUCGAUUAAGUUGCUUCAGGAAAAAUAGAAGAUGAAGGCGAAGGAGGUGUUGUUUAUAUUGUUUCAGAAAAUCUCAAAACUUAAGAGUAAAAAACAAUAUCAUGCUGCAAACUCAAAACAACUGAAUAUAACAUUUAUAGAAAAUUAAGAGAAAUGCUGAAGCUUAGUUUAUAAAAGAAAACAGAAUCAGGAAGAAAAAAUGAAAGGUUUAAAUAGGAAGUAGAAAAGAUGAGUGAACAUCAUUUACCACCAAAACCACUUGAUUAUUAUCUAGCCUUGGCAAAGCAUUCGUUUGCUUACAUAGACAAAAAUUUCAAUACUCUCUCACCAGAUGUUUUAAGAUAUGAGUUUAUCUCAUUUAUUGAAGAUAUUUAUAGAAAAGCUGAGGCAAAUUUAAAUUAGCUGUCUUCUAAGAAUAAGACUUAAAUAAAACCUACAAGGAUAAUACUAAUCACUCCUCCAGGGUUAUUAAAAGAUGAAACAGUUAAUAAAAUAGCUAAAACUAUUCAAGCUGAGUAGAUUGAAACUGCUUGGAGAGAAGAUUAAGAGAUAACUACCUCUCACUUUAACUUUUUACAUAUGGUGCCAAGGAUAUCAGAAAAGUCUUAAUAAUAAAAUAUAUUUUUUACUUUAAUUGGAUUUGAUGAAAAUGGUUUAUAAUAAUGUGUGAAAAAUCUUGAAAAUGAAGUAGAAACUCUAAGAAAAUCUAAAUUUUGUUCUAAUAUGUUUUAAUACAUUAAUAGUAAAAAUAAAUAAUAAAUGGUUGAGCUUCUUUUCUCAAAAAUUUAAAUUUUUAUCACACUUCUUAAAAAUGAUUAUUCUAAUUAAUUCAGACUGAUUGAUAGCAAAUCUUCUCCUGAAGAAAUUUGUUAGAUAAUUGAAAAUGAUUUUAAAUAAAUAAGUUCUGUGGAAUAAAAUGAAAACUCAAAAAAAAGUGGAGAAGAAAUAACAGAAGGUAAAACAGAAAAACUAUUAAAUAAAGUAAAUCUUAUGGUUAUAAUGCCAAUAGCUCCUCCAGGUUCAGGAAAAACUUUUUUUUGUAAACUUUUGAAGUAAACCGUUGAAGAAUAAUAUCCAGAUUGCAGCUUUUUCAGCAUUUCGAGUGAUGAAAUAAGACUAGGGCUGAUGGAAUAGUAUAAAAAAACAAGAAGUGAAAGAGAAUAUACAGUAGAUUAGCUUUUCGAAGCUACAGCAAAAUAGGCAAAAGUGAAAUAUUUUAGUGUUUUAAAAGAUUUACUUGUGAAUAUCAGCUCUGAAUCUAAAGAAAAGGCUAUACUCUAUUUAGAUAGAAUGCAUCCACCUCAAAUCCUUGAAGAGACUUUCUCAUUCUUAAAAGAGAACUCAUUAAGCAACAUUAAUUUAAAAAUCUCAACUUUUCUUGUUACUAGAUAACAAGGAUUUAAUUAUAAAAAAUAUAACUAUUAUUUUUCUGAGUAAAUUUUCUUGAAUUGUCUCCACAGAACGCUAAACAGAGAUAACCAUGAAACCCUACAAGGCGAUGCUGUUCUCAUAUUAAAAAUAGCAUUUAAAUUUUUUUAAAUGUUUAGAGAUUUUAAGAUUUAGAGUUUGUAAAAUUACAAAUAGAUAGAUUUAGUAAUUUAAAUCCCUUUAGUUGAUGAAACAUCAACUAUUAACUAAACACUAAUCAAAAAAAUGGAGAAAUGUUUAGAUUUAAUUCCUCCUAAUGGAUAACCACCAGAUUCACCUAUUUAUAUGGACUUCAUUUAGAGUUUUUAUGCAGCAAAUAUAUAAUUUUAAUAUCCAGAAAUUGAAAGAUUGAAGAAAAUUGCUAGCAAUUAUGUGAAAGUAUGCUUAAACGCAUUCUAAUGA